UGACUUUUGAAUUGCAAUUUUAAUUAGUAGAAACUACGUGGGUAACAAGGAUCGUGAUUAAAUUCUAGUCCUAUAAAAAGUCACGUUCUAAUUAAUAUUUAAGUAUAGGCCUGUAAAACCGUUUGAUAUCGGUAUGAUAAGUGUUUGUUUGUGGACGUGAAUGCAAGAUGCCGUGCGAAAGCUGUGCGGUACAGUUCAGCGUGUUUAGACACAAAAGAGUUUGUGGUGAAUGUGAGAGAUACUACUGCAGCAGAUGCCUCCGUCGCGGUGGAGGCUCCAUGUGUGCACCAUGCCGGGUGCUGUCCACCCGUCCACUAUCCCGAGCAAACAUCGCUCACCUCAAAGUUCGCGACCUUCAGUGCUUCCUACAUCGUCAAAACGUAUCCACACGAGGAUGUGUCGAAAAGGAAGAGUUGGUGGGUCUGUGUGUAACACAUGUAAAUAGUACGGCAUACCGGCGUCGGAGCUCUCGCAAUGAGAACAGUCCAUUCAGUUCUCUUAAAGGAUUAACAGUCAACAUCAAUGAGUUCAUAAGCUCGACGUUCAACCUGAGACCUGCCUCACAACCAUAUCCAGCACCACCACCUCCUACACGUAGCUGUCACAACAAUAGUCACUCGCACGUCCCUGGGCAGCCAGCCUCGGACCGCCUCACUACAUCAGGGAGCCGGCACCCCGGCGGCGCCGCCCCGCGCUCCGAGCGCUUCACCACUACUCCGGGUGGCGAAGCCGACAUCCGGGUGCCGAUCCCCCAGUGGACCCCAGAGGGGGAGCGCACCCCGUCCCGCAGCCCCUCCGUGCCGCUCGACACGGCCGACUGCUUCGAGAUCGAGGACCUCGACGACCAGGGCUGGGAGCUCAUCACCAGGCCUGCUGACCCCUUGCCCAACGAUUCAGAAAUACUACUGAGCGCUACAGAUAACCCUCCUCCCAGAGAAGAAAGAGAAGAGCGCAGAGAAACCGAACCAGAACGAGAGGCCGAGCCGCCCGCGGCCAGCCCCGAGCCCGCCACGCUGAGCCCCGGCCUCGGGAGCCACAACCGAGCCGCCUCCGAGCUGGAGCUGCGGCCCUCCGCCCCCCACCCCGACACCGGCAGCCUGCAGGACGAGCCGCUGCCCGCGACCAACCACGGCUCGGCAGAGUCUGCGGCGGACGUGGCGCUGGAGGCGCUGGGCUCGGAGGCUGCGCUGGAGGCGCUCAGCGUCCGGCAGCUGAAGCGGCUGCUGCUGCGGCACCGCGUGGAGUACCGCGGCGCCAUCGAGCGCGCGGACCUGCUGGAGCGGGCGCGCACGCUGUGGCGGGACCAGCGCGCGCACGCCGCCGACCCCGAGCUGCUGCCGCUGGAGGACGCCUGCAAGAUCUGCAUGGCGGCGCGCCUGGAGUGCGUGCUGCUGGAGUGCGGACACAUCGCCACGUGCACCCAGUGCUCCAGCAGGCUCGCGGAGUGCCCCAUCUGCCGCCGGUUCGUCGUCAGGGCCGUCCGCUUCUUCCGCUCCUAGAGCCCCGGACCCACCACCCUAGAUCAUAUUAUUAGUCCUAAAAGGUAUUUAAAAUUCCCCACAGGUUUAUUGAAAAAGAAAAUGUAUCAAAUAACUUUGAACAAUAUGGGAAAUAGCGCCUGUUAAAAGUCGUAAAAUGUAUGACGCAAAAUUGCACAUAGAUUCAAAGGAUUCGCGGCCCCGGGCCGGUGUCCUGGUCUGCAGCAGGCGCCUCGGCGAGCCAUGGGAAUGUCUGUGUUAUAGCAAUGCUACUAACAAAUCAAUAUUUAUGGAAUGGCGCGGUUAGGUGCACAGCACGUCUACUUUUUGAAUAACAAUAAGGAAUAAAUCUUAUGAACAAGAUGAUGUGCAAACCAAUACAGUGACAUUCGCGGGUGUCGGCUGCGGGCUAUUCGAGGUCACAGCGGACAUGAAAAUCACGGCUCGACACGAGCGGUCACGGGCUGACACGAGCCGACACGGGCCGACACGAGCCGACACGGGCCGACACGAGCCGACACGGGCCGACACGAGCCGACACGGGCCGACACGAGCCGACACGGGCGGGCCCGGCUCGUCUCUCGUUAGUUUAGGCGUCAGUGACUCCGAGCUUAACCCAUUUACGUAAAGGAUCACGCUCGGCCGCCGAAUGUGGAAAUGAAUAUGGGCUUGAAUUAGCGUGAAGGAAUGUAGGAUCAAAUUAUUUGUUUGAAGUUUUCUUGGCAAACCAUUCUAGCGUAUAUUCCAAUUGUCCUUCUGAGUCAGUGCUAAUAAUUUAAAUGCUACCAAUUUUACUAUUUCUAAGACAUAGGCCACUCCUAGCCUUGCGUGAACAUUAUUAAUUGGACAUUCAAAACAUUUGAACAACUUUAUCAUUCAAGGUUUGUUCAAAAGUACUUAUGUAUGGUAUGUACCUCAGAGAGUUGCAAAACGUAGUGUAUCAUGUGCGUCCUUUUCCCUACCUCUGCCAGCAGCCUCGAGGGUCUGUUCUGGCGUGGCCUCGGGCGGUGGCUGAGCUCACGGGGCCAACCAAAAAAAAUUGCUAAUGUCUGCACCAACAACAGCAGCGCGUCACUGAAUCUACCACCGAAUCGAAAUCGCAACUCAAUGGGCUGUGUCUAUGAGUAAGCGACAAACUGAGUCGCGUGCAAUGAAAACGGUGACCGGCGCUGCGUAUGGAGACACCGAGACUGGAUGGGGAGGACUCCACUUGACAUGCCUGGGACCCCGCCGCCUAGUCCAGGACUAGGGGGUCUGGGGGCCCGGCGUGCUAAUGCAGCUCAUAUCUAUCGCGAGCUACCUCACACCGAGUAAAGAGCUCACUGCUCCCCAAACAAUAAGUCAUAUUAUAAUUAGCCACGAAAAACAUUUUGAAUUUCAUUUUUAAAAAGCUAUCAUUUUAGUAUUCUUAAAUGAAUAUAAACCACCAUUUAUUGUAAUUAAUUUAAUUAAAAAAAUACGUUUACGAUCUGUUACUUUGAUAUUUGGUGUUGUCGGGGAAACUAACAUGUGAGCUGGCGGGCGUGGUGCCCCCGCGCGCCCACACGUGUAGCGACAAACGUAUUCACUUCAUCAAUUAUAAAAAUUUUUGAAGCGUAUUGAUGUAAAACGCUUCGAUCAGGGUACAGUUGUAUAAACCUUCGUGCGUAGAAACGUAAUGUCGGUCGAAUUCGAUGUCGUUUAUAAAGUAACUUGUUACGUUUAUAAGUUUCUAUUUGCGCAAUGGAUGUGAUUUAUAUGAAAAUAAAAGUAUUUCAAAACA